AUGAUAUAAAAAUGCCUGUAGAAACAAUCGAUGAUCCAUCCAUAUGUGUGAAACCAAAUGCAAAAUUAAUAGAUUUUGUUUGGAAAUACAUAUCUGAUGUAAAUGAUGCUCCACCUGGUAUUGCUAUGUUAAAAAGCAGUAAUAGGAAGAAGUGCAAUGAUGUUUUAUUGAAAUUAAGUGAUAUAAAUUGGUUAAAUAAUUAUUUACAAGAAUAUAGAAAAACUACAGCUGAAAAGGUAUAUUUACAUGAAAUAUUAGAGGGUGUCGAUGUAAUAUUACCAACACCAAAAAUUACACCCAGAAAUCCUGAAUUGGAAGCAAGGAUACAAAAACUGACAGCACAACAAAAUGCAAGAGAAUAUAAAGCUAUGACUAAAAGUGUUGAUUCCACACGAAAAGAUUUACCAGAAGAUACAUUAGCCUAUCAAAUGAAGCAAAUAAAUAAACAACUAAUUGCUGUUGCACAAUUUAUCUUCUCUGUAUUAGCAGGAUUUGCAUUUGGUUUUGUUGGAGUAGAGUUAAUAGUUGGUAAUUUAGAUUUUGGAUUUAGACUAUUAUUAGGUAUAAUAUGUGCAUUAGUAAUUGCUUUGGCUGAAAUCUAUUUUCUGGCUAUUAAGUUAAAUGAAGAUUGUUAUGAUGUAUUUUCAACACCUAAACCUACAAAAUUACAUCAAGAAUAAAAUGUAAAUCAGACAAGAAUAUUUUAUAUCAUCUUAUAAAUGUGAAUUUAAAAAUCAUAAAUCAAAAUGCUUGUUAUUACUAAAAAAUUGAUAUGGCAUUUACAAAUUCUUUAUACCUUUAAGUUGUUUAUAAUAGUACUAAUGCAUUAUAAUA